UGGUACUUUGACAUUUAGAGGUUAUUUUCCUAUAGUAAAGCUCAUAUCUCCAAGGGUCCUGAGAGAAGCUCUAUUCCAAACAGUGUGAUAAAUGGGCUUCAAUGUAUUGUAUUCCAACGGGGCGCCCCUCCUGGCCAAUCAGGGUGUCUACAGCAGCUUCGACACCACCCCCCCAGCGGCCGCACAGGCGCACUGAGCUCACAACUGCCAUUUUGUGGCAGAGGCUACUCUGCUAAAGCGGGAGAGGGAUUAAAACAACUGCGAAGAAACCUGCAUUUCUUACCAGGCGGGCAAACUUUGUAGCACAUACUCCCUGCUUUCGGUCGAGUUAAAGAGGUCGAGAAACACACAAAAAAGAGUUCCUACCCAGUAUGGACGGAGGGCCAACAGAGGUUGUAGGGGUGAUGGAGGUGCCCUCCAUCCAGGCCGUUCACAGCCAGGAUGCCAUGGUGGCUGACCUCCUCCAGCAGGCUGCAGAGGCCGGCGGCAUGUUGGAGGGACAAGGAGGAGUCCUGGAACAAGGUCACGGGGAAGGGAUGAUGGCAGCCAACCAGGCCCAUCAGCAGCUGAUGGAGGCUGGUGUGGGUAUGGACGGGGGCGCCAGGAUUGAAAUGAUGGUUAUGGACUCCCUGGAUCCCACCUUGCUGCAGAUGAAGACUGAGGUGAUAGAUGCUGCAUUGGGGGGUGCUGCUCACCAAGCAACUGUAACAACAGUGGACCAGACUCAAAUCAUCACACUACAGGUGGUGAACAUGGAGGAGCAGGCAGCUCUGGGUCUGGGCGAGCUCCAGCUGGUCCAGGUUCCUGUUUCUGCCUCCACUGUGGAGGCCCUGCAGCAAGGCACCUUUGUAGACACUACUGCUAUGCCAAAGGACGGCGACCCCGUCAUCUGCCACACCCUGCCACUGCCCGAGGGCUUUCAGGUGGUGAAGGUUGGAGCUAAUGGAGAGGUUGAGACAGUGGAGCAGGAGGAGGGAGAAGCCCCAACUGAAGAGCAGGAUGACGAGGAGGUGGGGAACCAGAUGUUGGAAGAGGUGGAGGAUGAACACAUUCAGCCUCAAAACGAGGACCCAAGCUGGGCUAAAGACCCCGACUAUCAACCCCCAUCUACAGCUAAUAGAAAGUUCAAAAAGGGUAAGAGUAGCCUGCGUUACACUGAAGGAGAUAAGGACAUGGACGUCAGUGUCUAUGACUUUGAAGAGGAGCAGCAAGAAGGCCUCCUGUCUGAGGUCAAUGCUGAGAAAGUAGUCGGCAACAUGAAACCACCCAAACCCACCAAGAUCAAGAAGAAAGGAGUGAAGAAGACGUUUCAGUGUGAGCUGUGUAGCUACACCUGCCCCCGGCGCUCCAACCUGGAUAGACACAUGAAGAGUCACACAGACGAGAGACCUCACAAAUGUCACCUGUGUGGAAGAGCCUUCAGGACCGUCACCCUGCUCAGAAACCAUCUCAACACACACACUGGAACUCGUCCACACAAGUGCACGGACUGUGACAUGGCUUUUGUGACCAGUGGAGAGUUGGUGCGUCAUCGUCGCUACAAACACACACAUGAGAAGCCCUUCAAAUGCUCCAUGUGUGACUACGCUAGUGUGGAGGUGAGCAAAUUAAAGCGUCACAUCCGUUCCCACACCGGUGAGCGUCCGUUCCAGUGCAGUCUCUGCAGCUACGCCAGCAGAGACACGUACAAGCUGAAGAGACACAUGAGGACACACUCAGGAGAAAAACCUUACGAGUGCUACAUCUGCCACGCCCGAUUCACCCAGAGUGGAACCAUGAAGAUGCACAUUCUGCAGAAACACACAGAGAACGUGGCCAAGUUCCACUGUCCACACUGCGACACUGUCAUCGCACGCAAGAGUGACUUAGGAGUCCAUCUGCGUAAGCAGCACUCUUUCAUCGAGACUGGGAAAAAGUGUCGCUACUGUGACGCCGUUUUCCACGAGCGCUACGCUCUGAUCCAGCAUCAGAAGUCCCACAAGAACGAGAAGAGGUUCAAAUGUGAGAUGUGCGACUACUGCUGCCGCCAGGAGCGUCACAUGGUGAUGCACCGUCGAACCCACACCGGAGAGAAACCGUACGCCUGCAGCCAGUGUGAGAAGACCUUCAGACAGAAGCAGCUGCUGGACAUGCACUUCAGACGCUACCACGACCCCAACUUCAUCCCCACCGCCUUCGUCUGCCCUAAGUGCAGCAAGACCUUCACUCGCAGGAACACCAUGGCUCGCCACUCUGAGAACUGCAACGGUGAGGUGGAUGAUGCCGAGAAUGGAUCUCCAACCCCGAAGAAAGGGAGGAGAGGAAGGAAGAGGAAGAUGAGGACCAGGAGAGAUGAGGAUGACAGCGAGGAGGAUCAUGGAGAACUGGAUGAGGAGGACGAGGAUGAGGGUGAGGGUGAGGAAGAAGAACUGCUACAAGAAGAGGAGGAGCCAGAGGACAUGGAACUGGACCAGGCCCCUGCCGCCAUCCCAGUCCCGGCUCCUGACGAGCCACCAGUCAAGAGAAAACGAGGCCGACCCCCAAAGAACGCCCCCAAGCCCCCAACACCCAGCAAGUCUGCCCAGGUGUCUGCCAAGGCUGCUGCUUCUGCUGCUGCCAUCAUUCAGGUGGAGGACGAGAGCACCGGAGCGGUGGAGAACAUCAUCGUGAAGAAGGAAGAGGGCGACGGCUCUGCAGCCCCCCUGGAGCAGGAGGGAGCCCUGACGGUGGAGGGGCUGGGGCUGGACGGGGCGGGGGUGGAGACUGUGGAGCUGGUUGUGAACGAGGAGACAGCGGCCGCCGCCAACGGAGACCUGACGCCAGAGAUGAUCCUCAGCAUGAUGGACCGGUGAACCCCACACCGGACCAUGAGUGAAACUGGCAAACACAUAAACAUUUCCACCCCCCCGGCCCACCCCUUAUAUAGCAUCUACGUCAGAUCCUAAUGGUGGCCAUUCAAGUGGAUGCUAAACCAACCGUGCAAAAGAAGGGAAGCCGCAUGUAAAUACUCACUGAAAUAACUUCACAUCCAUGUACACGACACACUGAUGUCUGUGGGUCUCAGUUACACACACACACACACACACACACACACACACACACACACAGCAGAGCACACACAGAUGUCCUCCCAGACUGCUCUCUGCUCUUAUUUCAGUUUGAAUGUCUUCUGAAUGAAUCAUCGUGUAUUUAAUACUUUGUUCUACCCAAAGCCACUUCCUGUCAGUCUCUAACCAAACUCUGCAGCUACUGCUCAGCUCUGAGAAUUAUUUGAUCACAUUUCACUUUGAUUUCCUGUUUGCUGUUCUUGCAACUAUGCUGAUUUAGCAAAUUCCCAGCCUUUAUAUUUGUAUAUAUAGAUUGAAAUGUAGUUUUUCCUAAUGAAACGUAGUAUAUGGUACUUGGGUUGAGAAACACCUUGCUUUCAGUCAUAUGGGCUGUAUAUUUUUGGCUUGUUUAACACUUGGUCCAUGUUUUGGUAUUUCAAUAUUGAGGCUUUUAUAGAAUGAAGUUACGGGGAUUGUUCUUCAUUCAUGAGCAAACGUGCAGAUCCAUCUAAAUGAACAGAAGUCAGUGAUCUAGAAUGAUUCAGCUUUCUACUUCAUCUUUUUGACAUUCACACUGUCAAAGUUGAUUCAGUUUCCCAUCAACAACAUCAUUGUUUUUCAACAGUUUUUAUUUUGUCUGACCUCGAUGCUCGAAGGAAUUGUUAAUGUUCGUCCUCCUCGUGUUCCGAGCUUUGAAAGAGGUAGCUUGGUUAAAGAAACUGAAAAUGAUGUAGUUGGCAAAACGCUGUACCAUAGUUGUGAUCGUGAACAUUCCAAAUACUUCAAAACACAUGAAAUUAUGUCUAUGCAUUUCAAUCAUUUUACUAGUAAGUAAUAGACAGAAACACUCUCGAACAUUUCAUGAUGAUACCAGUCGCUCUUUAUUUUUCUUUAAAUGAAUUCAAUUUAUGGAACAGAUACUCUAAACCAGAUUGUUAAGAAUAUCUAAAUAAUCUAUGAUCAAAAACUGGCAGGUGUUUUUGCAUGUAAAUACACAUUUGCUUUCUGAUUGAUCCUAAUAUGUAUAAAUGCCUGAUUGGGAGAUGUGUUGGUGAAAGGGACAUCGAGGUUUUCAUUUCAAUGGUUAACAUGUUGGGGUCACUCAUGUCCUGUCUGUUUCCCUCCCAUCAGGCUGUCCUCCAGAAGAGCCCCUCUAACCAGCCAAACUGGAUGGAACUAAUCUGAACCACUUUCAGUUUCUGAGUGUUUUCUGUUGUUCAAAGAUGUGUUCAGAUACAAAACGGUUUUCACUUUGACAUUUUUCAUUUCGUAGUUGCUUAAUGCUGAUACUGAGAUAUGUCCUCUCCAUGUCCCUGAUUUAUGCAAAACAAAGGUUUCAAAUCAUCUGAAUCAAGGUUAGAACAAAGAGAUCACCGUAUGAUUGGAGUCGUCUGAAGAUGUAAAUCCAGAGGUAUUUCUUCUAAGUGUGACCACAGGCUAUGAUGGUUGAAUGUGGCCUUCCUUUUAUAACAUGUUAUAGUUGCAUAGAACCAUUGGUUAGAUCGGCCCAGCACUGUAAAUAACCAUGGCAACAGAAAGAUAGUAAACAUUUUGUAAGAAUCUUUAAACAAACAACAAUUGUGUGACUUUGGUCUGAGAUGUCAUUCUGUAAAAGGAGAAUAAAAUGUCCUGUCAUCACCCUAUCAUCGUCAUCAUUAUGUUCUGCAGGCGGACGGACGGAAGAUGGAUGUUAAGACUGUUUUCAUAGCAACAACAGCAUUGUUUUUUUGUUUGCACACUGCUUAUUUGUUGCGGCAGAAUAAAUUAAAGAGAAAAGUUUUAAAGAUUUUGAACACAUCCCUGUUUUCAGACUGAGAGAACAGGAGAAACCUUAGUCAUGUCAUUAUGGAAGAUGAGACACUGUACAGCUGAUAAAGAAUAAAAUCAUCCCAUGUGCCCAUGUC